AUGGCCGAUGAUGGAGUGAAUCCGAAGGCCUAUCCACUCGCCGAUACUCAGCUGUCUCAGAAACUCUUGGACCUCGUACAACAGGCGUUAAACUAUAAACAACUUAAGAAAGGAGCGAACGAGGCAACAAAAACUCUGAAUAGAGGCAUAUCGGAGGUGAUUAUUAUGGCUGCUGAUGCAGAACCACUGGAGAUUAUCUUGCACCUACCUCUUCUCUGUGAGGAUAAAAAUGUGCCGUACGUUUUUGUGAGAAGCAAAGCAGCUCUCGGUCGUGCCUGUGGCGUUACACGACCCGUGAUCGCCGUGUCGAUUACUCAAAACGAGGGAUCUCAGCUUAAAUCUCAGAUACAGAAGCUUAAGGAAGACGUCGAGAAACUUCUGAUUUGA